AUGGCUACUCUAAAUAUUCUUAAGUUUAUGUACAUUUUCCAUAAAAGUGCGUUGUAAAUACAAAAUCCUAUAAAGAGAUGCGACAAUUAUGAUGAUUAAUUGAAACGUUAAUCAUAAAGGGAUUUAUUUCAAAUUGGAUUAUCCGAUUAAUGGGCAUAUCAUUAGCUAAACAGAGUAACAUCAAAAUGAGCAGUUCCGAGAACGGUGAAUCGGAGAGGAAUGUCAAGCAGGAUCAGUCGAACAGCAGCGCGAGACCACUGUCAAUCCAAGGCCCUUCUACCUCCAAUAAUGCCUCACCGUUACCAAAUCAACCGAGACAACCAACCACUAUGGAAGGGAUGCUCAAAUACGCUAUUGAAGCGAUGCAGAGAGAAGAAACGGAAAAUAGAUCGCGGGUCUAUCCUUUGGACGAAGAAAAAAAAGCGUUUUUGGCCGAAGCAUUAUCAUCGUUAACGGUGAACGUAACAGAGGAGAUGCAGAAAGCAAUGCAAAUUUUGUCCAGUGUCGGUGAUCUACGAGCCGACGACGAUUCAUCCGAGUGCGAGAACGCGCUGGAGAGACUGGCAGAUCUUGUUGACAAUAUCGACUUAGCCAACGAUUUUUAUAAGAUCGGAGGUUUCGCGAUAUUUCAACCAUGCCUGAACUCAUCGCACAGCACCAUCAGAUGGCGGAUUGCCGAUAUUAUUGCUGAAUUAGCGCAGAAUAAUCCGUUUUGUCAAGACAAGCUACUCGAAGCUGGAGUAUUCCCUGUAUUGUUGUCCAUGAUUGAUACAGAUCCAUCGGAAUUGGCGAGAAUAAAAGCUCUGUACGCAAUAUCGUGUAUAGUCAGAGGACAUCCGGCGUCGUUAAAAUAUAUGGAUACAAACGACGGUUACUCGGUGCUUUUGCGAGCGAUGCAGAGCCCGGUGGAAAAGCUGCAAAUAAAAUCUGCGUUUUUGCUCUCGAGUUUAUGUAGUAAGGACGACUCGAGCGAUAUAAAAUGUACCUUAGUUAAAAUGGGAUUCAUAGAACAAGCCGCAGGUUUGUUGGCUAGAAUGAAUCUACAGUCGACAGUCAGAGAACAAUUAUUGAGAGUCCUUAAGGGUAUGGUAAAUGAUAAUUUUUUGCCGGCACUGAAGGAAUGUCGGCGUCCAGAGUUAUGUUUAAGAUUUACUUUGGAGCAAUUAUUGACAGAAUUAAAACCUGUAGAAAAUCAGGACGAGAUAGACAUGUGUUCUGAACUCCUGGAUAAAGUGUUUUUCGAGCCUGACACUAAUCAAGAAAGAUAACAAAAUUGUAUAGUCUUUUCUCUCUGUGAAUAAAAUCAUAAUAUUA